AUGUUCGGUACUGCUGCCGUUGUCGCUCUCUUCUCUGCACUGAGCGUGCGUGACACGAGUAUCAUGCAAUAUGCGCUGAACCUUGAGCACAUUGAACUCGCCUUCUACAACCAGGGCCUCGAGAAGUACGACGCGCAGGCCUUUGCGGACGCCGGCUACGAGGCAUGGGUCCGCGGCCGCUUCGUGCAAAUCAGGGACCACGAGGUCGCCCACGUCACCUUCCUGACCGAACAGCUGGGAUGCGACGCGCCGGUGGUGUGCAAUUAUACCUACCCGUACACGGACUUGCAAUCGUGGGUCUCCCUGUCGCAGACGCUUGAACACGUCGGUGCGGCGGCGUACAUGGGUGCAUCGAGGUUCGUGGACGACAAAGACGUGCUCGCUGCGUCAGUGUCGAUAUCGCAUAUUGAAGCGCGCCAAGCUGGCUGGGUCAACUCUGCGGUGAUGAAGCAGGAACCGUGGGACGGUGACUUCGAGACACCGCUCUAUUUCAGCGGCGCAUGGUCUCUGGCAGUUGGCUUCAUCGAGUCUUGCCCAGAGAGCAACCCGGCGCUGCCCGUCGACAGCUUCCCUGCGCUCAACGUGUCUAACAGCGCACCCCCUAUGGGGUCGAACAUCACCGUGUCCUACGCCGGGCAAGGGAACAUCACGACGCCAACGUACAUGGCGUGGUACCACGACAUGAACACGACGUUCACGAGCAUCGACGAGCACGGCGUCACGACGGUGCCCGAUUACCUGCGCGGGACGGUGUUUGCGGGCGUCGUGCGGAACGAGACGGAGACGACGAACGACUCGACGAUGCUGAGCGGCCUGACAAUCUUCAAGUUCCCCUUUAGCUCGUAUGCGAUCGUCGGUGCAUAA